AUGAGGUCAGAAUCCGCAAAUGAGAAAGUAAACGAGACGCAAAGGGAGCGAGGAGAGGAGCGAGGAGAGGAGACGCCGGCGCAAACAAUUCAAGAUGAGCCCGAUCGAGAUCCGGGGGCACCUGGAGGAGAGCAAGCUGUCGCUGGUCCCCAAAUCGACGAGAAGCAGUUGCAAGAGAUUGCUGCACUUCGAAAGCACGCCAACGAUGCGCCUCAGGACUUGGAACUGGACUCGUUGGCGCAUUUAAACCCCGACCAGUUGAACCUGGGCGAGCAGCACAAGUUGGACGAGAAUUCGAAGAAACUAUCCGCGAACAACACGGACCAUGUCGGCAACUCCGAUGCGAUACCGGAGAAGAAGGAAGAUGAGGGAAACAACUACGACAAUGCGUCGGCGGAGGAUAUGCGAAUUAAUCAAAAAUAUGCCAGAAACGAAAAAGACCGUGCAGACGCCGUAGUGGAGCAACAACUUCCUCCUAUUCCUUUUGACCAAGCGCCAGAGGAUGUUCCCUUUAGCGACCAAAAUUUGCCAGCAGAAGGACGAAAGAUAGAGGGCGACACAUUAUUGGAAGAAGAAGGAGAGAAAAAAGAGCCAGAGGAAAAACCGCAAGACCAGGAUGAGGAAUACAACGCAGAGCAUAGCAACAACAACAGCAACGACGAGGGGGAUAAAGAAGGAAAAAAUGAAAAAGAAGAAGAAGAAGGAGAAGAAGAAGAAGAUGGUGAUGACGAGGACGACGAAAGUGGCAGUGGCCGUGGAAGCGGAAGCGAAAAUGAAAAUGAAAAUGAAAAUGAAAAUGAAAAUGCAAGUGCCAAUGCAAGUGCAAGCGAAGAGGACAUCACCAUCGGCAACAAGAAUGCCGAAACUGACAAAGAAAAGCCACACUCAUUGGAAAAAGUCCACAACAAAAUCCCCGUCAAAGGCGCAAAAGAAAAAGUACCGCCAGCAAGUGGACAGGAAAACAUCCGAAACGGCUCUACAAUUCAUAGUCCCUCUCAUGAUGUCAGCAACGGCUCCGACAACAUGGACGUGGACAUGCCGUUGGAAGGCAACGAGAUUACGUUUGCAUCCGGCGAGGGAAACGAGGAAUAUGCUCAAGAAGAGUUGAACCAAGAAGAAGGGGAGGAAAAAUUGCUCAAGGAUGUCCAAGCAGAUGAUCCGUCUUUUGAUGCAUUCUACAAUAACGACGACAGUAGUAAAUCCAACGAUGCGAUUGAAAACUCGUUACUUGAAGCCGAAAACGCCUCGAGUGAGGAGGAUGAGAUUAUGGAUGACGCGGUGAGUGAUAAACUGGAAACCCAGCCCGUGAACAAUGCUGAAAUUGCUGAAAUUGCUGAAAAUCAAACUUCAACGACGCAAGACAAACCCGAAGCGACUCUGGCAUCAGCCGAAACGUUGGUGAAAAGGGAACCAGAAGACUCCUCAUUGCAAAAAUCCGAUUUGGCAGACAAGGUGGCAGCGUCGGGAGAAGUGACAACCGAGGCACGCAUUCCCGGAGAAGCUGAAAAGGAAGAAAGUGAAAGAAUUAUAGAGGAAGACGAUGACGACAAUGUUGACGACGAAGCUGAAGCCGAAGCUGACGCCGAAGCCGAAGCCGAAGCCGAAGCUGAGCUUGAGCCUGAAAAACCGGCACCCAAAUAUAAACAGACGCAUCUCAUAGUCAUUCCUUCCUACUCGAGCUGGUUCAACAUGAAGAAAAUCCACAGAAUAGAAAAGGAAUCCUUGCCAGAGUUUUUCAACUCAUCACAUCCCUCCAAAUCCUCCAAGCUUUACGCAAACUACAGAAACUUUAUGAUCAACUCCUACAGGUUAAAUCCAAACGAGUUUUUAACGCUUACGUCGUGCCGGCGAAAUCUCGUUGGUGACGUGGGUACCUUGAUGAGAGUCCAUAGAUUUUUGAACAAGUGGGGAUUGAUCAAUUACCAAGUUCGUCCUCUGUUUAAACCGGGGUACGCACUUGAGAAAAUGCCAAACGGGCUGCUGGUUGAUUUGCCCUACACUGGCGACUACCACGUCAAGCUCGAUGCUCCUCGUGGGUUGUUCCCAUUUGACACAUCAAGGAUACCUCCCGAAAGGACAGAUGUGAACAAAUUGAAAAAGAUUUUGCAGAUUGGCGCGGAACACCAAACAGGAGAGCCUCCACUUGAGAAUAACGCAAGCACCAACAACACGAACAGCACCAAAAAGCAUGGUUUGGCGGAAGACGAGGCUGGUCAGCCGGCGACAAAGAAAAGACUGAGCAACAGCAGCAGUGGUGACCACGACAAUUGGACGAAUGAAGAAUACUCAAGGCUCGUGAAUGCUAUCAAGAAAUUCAAAAACGAUUGGUAUCAAAUAGCAGACGCCGUCGGCACCAACAAAACGCCGCAACAGUGUGUUUUAAAGUUUUUGAAAAUGCCCAUCGAGGAUAAGUUCAAUCCCAUCCAGUAUGAUUCCAAAGCCGUUUCGGAGUUGUUGAAGUUUGCCUCGAAUUACCCCAUAAACUCGAUUGAUAACCCAGUGUUGGCCAAUUUGGUUUUCAUGACACGAAUAAUCGAUAGCGAAGUUGCCAAGGCGGCGAGCGAUGCCGCCUGUAAAGCGAUGGACGAGAGCAUCAAGAGAAAAGUAAGUGAAGUAUAUGGGGACGGCCGAGACGGAAGAGACAGACUUGAAUCAUCGGUCAAAGAGGAAACCGAAGCAAAAGACACGGUAAACCAAAACGGCACAGAUGAUCGAGAAACCAAUGAAAAAGACGCCAUUGCAGCCACUUUCGGCAUGAUUGGUGCUCGCAGCCACUUGUUUGCCAGCUACGAGGAACGAGAAAUGCAUAAAAUCAGCGCCAAUAUAAUAAACCACGAAUUGGCCAAAGUUGAGACCAAGUUGGCCAAGAUCGAAGAGUUGGAAAAGAUCUACGAACGCGAAAGACAAAACUUGUCCAAACAGCAGGAAAUGAAUUUCAUGGAGAGAUUGGCCUUGACCAGAUCGACCGUGGGGGUAAUGAAAAAACUAGAAGAAGCGUGUGGUCUACUUGAGCUUGAGGACAAGAAACCUGAAGAAGUGCGAACUUUGGUUAACGAGGCAAGAGAGUUGUUGAACAAACCAGCCAAGCAGUCGUUAGAGGCAGUCCAGGGCAAACUGACGGAUGACUCCAAUCAAACUUCAAAGGGAACCGUGGACACUCUGGACGAAGACUAUAAACCACUUUCCUUGACUGCACCCCAAAUCUUCAAGGUCUGGGCUCCAUGA